AUGUCUGUAGAUUUGUCAGAUCCUCAGAUAGGCCUGACAAGGAGUAAAAUACAAGAUCCGAGUGAUCCGACAACUUGGUUCUUACUGCACUAUGUAACGUCUCCAACAUCCCCAACGUCCAUCCCUUCCCUUUCGCAAUCCAUAACCGUCCUCUCGUCAGGACCGGAACCACUCCUACCUAGCUGGCAAGAACACCUGACAGAUACCAACGAAGAUGUCUUGUUUGGAUAUGGAGAGAUAGCAGGGAAAGGCUUGGUCUUGUUGUUUCUGCGGGAUAGUGUCGGAGGUGUGAAGCGAGCUAGAGCAGUAGUUCAUUCAAGAUCAAUAGCUUCUUUAUUCCCCGACUACACCGCUCUAAUCACCAUUGCUCACCCAUCUCAACUCACCGAAGAACUCAUAACUGAACGACUAGCUCUCAAUCAACCUUCCUCACUGCCUUCAACAGUACCAAAACCGAAGUAUACCGUACCUGGCUCGGACCAUCCUAAUCCACUCUCACCACUCGCUCCAGGCGGUCCUAUGCCAUUUUUACCUUCAGGUGGUAUAGCCGGCUCAUCCAGAUCCGUCUCAGCUUCUGCGACACCUUAUAAUGAGAAUAAUCACAUACAUCAUCCCUCACCCAAGAAGUAUGGUGAUCUAACUUCGCCUGUUCGACAAGCACAUAAUAAUUCACCCUCCAAUCGUAGGGUGAUAUCACUGAAUGAUCCACCAGCUACAAGUUCGUCGCCUGGUCCACCACUCAAUGCCCCUAUAUCACUUGGAUCACCGGUCAAAGUCGACGUGGCCUCGACUCAAAGAGGAAUUUCUUCGGCAGAUUAUUUCGGUAAAGAAGAUGGCACAGGUGCAGGUAGUAAUCCUGGUUCACCAAGAAGUAGGAAGACUUCUUUCGGUGUUAGACUGAAAAACACCUUUUCCAGUAACUCUAAUAAUCAUAGAUCAACCUCAUCAAAUUAUGAGGAAACACCUUCUUCCCCUCCUCCUUCGCAUCAUCAUCAGCAACAAAAUGGUAAUGGCGUUUCUUCUACGGCGAAAGAUUCACCUAAAGAAAGUCGAUUCAAGAAUAGUUCGUUGGUCAAAGCAUUCCAUCGUAGGAGAUCAUCGACUCAAAGUCAUACACCACCCGAUUCCCCCAAUAUGAACCCGAACUCGAAUGCCGAUGAUCAGACUAUAGAGUAUGCUCCCCCCGUUCCACCUAAAGACAAACCUCUCACUCCUCCUACCACAACUGUCGAACCACCUAAUCCUUUACAAUCUGAGAUACCCACUCCGACGUCUGGAGUUACCCUAGGUCAUGGACAGACUCUGCCUUUACCCGCUGAAAAUCACAGUGAUAAUUCGAAGAAACUUCUAUCACCCUCUCCAUCUGCUAAGCAAAUACUAUACGAUGCGAGACAGAAGAGCCUCGAGGCGGAAAAUGAGAUCCAACAGAGGUUCAGGAGAGAUCAAGAGGAUAGAUUGAAUGGGAAUGGGAAUGGCCUUGUAAGAGAUAAAGAAGACGAUGAGGAAAGUGUGAGGCUCGCUUAUGAUCAAUCUGAAGAUGAAGAUGACCGGCCCCAAAGCGUCAGUCAGACUUUAGAGGGUGAGAUUGAUAAGCAGAAUAUACCGACUAAAGUGGGACAAGCAGAGAAGAUCAGUCAAGCUGCUGAAGAACAUGCUCAGAGACAAGCUCUGAUAAGGGCAGAAGAGGAGAAAGCUAGGUUGUUAACUUUAGAAGCUGAACAAGCGGCAGCGGAAGAGAAAGAAAGAUUAGAGAAAGAGAGAGUGGAAGUCGAGAGGAAAGCUGAAGAAGAUAGGAGGAUAGAGGAGGAACGAAUCAGACUAGAGAGAAUUAGGUUGGAGGAAGAAGCGAGAAAGGAGGAAGAAGAGAGAGUGAGGCUGGAGGCUGAAGCUGAAGCUGAGCGGGUCAGGGUAGUGGCUGAGGAGGAGAGACUUAGGGCAGAGGCUGAGGAGAGAGCCAGGAUAGAAGCGGAAGAGAGAGCCAGAGUUGAAGCUGAGCAAGCGGCUGAACGAGCCAGAUUAGAAGCUGAAGAGAAAGCUAGAUUAGAGGCCGAGGAACUAGCUAGGAAACAAGCUGAAGAAGCUGAGAUUGCCCGGAUUAAGCAAUUGGAAGAAGAAGAAUUAGCUAGAAAACGAGCUGAAGAACGAGCUAAAUUGGAGAAAGAAGAAGUGGAGAGAAGGAAAUUAGAGGAGGAACAGGAAAAGAAACGGGGGAUUCAAGAGGGUCUGGAGAAAGGUAAAAGGGAAGGAGGAGUAAUGCUACGAGGGUGGGUCACUGUGCAGACAUAUAAAAGUAUGACAUGGCGAAGGAGAUAUUUCCAUUUAUUGCCUAAAGAAAUGCAGCUAUACAAAGCUGAAGGUGACGCCAAACCGAUCCAAACGAUAUAUAUUGGGCCUUCUUCGAGCGUAUCGGAGAAAUACGAGGAAUCGCAGGUAAAAGACAGUUUUAAAGUGAUUUCGAAUGGAUCGAAAGGUGAAGAGGAGUUCUUCUUGUUCACGGAUUCGGGUGAAGAUAAAGAGAUUGUCUUGGAGGGGUUGAGGUUGUGUAUGAUAUGA